AUGGACGCGGGACCGCCCAAGGACCGCGCUCGGAUAGUCCGCCGCACCGGGGUUCGCAAGAAGCGUUCGCGACCACCGCGACAGACCAGUGGUAUCGAUGGGACUUUUACCACAGCUUCUUCGCCAUUAGCACGCUCCAACUUCACUAGUUUCAAUGAAGCUACAGAUUUCGUUGCCGAAAGUCAACAUGAGAACCUUGAUAUCAUGCAACAUGGUUCACCCAUAGCAUCGGGACGGCCAGGCGGGUUUAUAUCCUCUAAUUCCGUCCUGUCAAGUGCACCAACGGCGACGUCGGGCGACGAAGCCGCCAGCCCUGGCACCCCUAUUCCAUUCGGUAGUACCAAUAUCUUAGAUCAAACGGGAUCGGACAUCCUGCCGCGUGGGCCUAUUAUGCAUGCCUUGACCGACGCAUUCUUUGAACACGUCUUCCCAUUCUAUCCAGUGGUUGAUCCAAGCGAUAUGGGUGUACACAAGCAGCAAAGACAUGCCAAUCAUGAUCGUCCGGGCCUCCUGCGUCGCAUAUUCUGGCAUCUUGUCAAUGUGGAUAAAAUCAUGGUAGCUUGCUGGGGCCGUCCUUCGGCCAUCCUGCUCGAGCACUGCGACGUAGCGAUGCCUAGCUUACAGGACUUUCCACAGCAGGGCAACGUACGCUCCGAUAUUGCCAUGCGUAUCUUCCAACUGGGUACCAUCACCGGCACUGUUGUAGACAUGACUUCGCGAAGGAAAACACCUUCGAAAGAGGACAUGUCCAAUGUCAUUGCAUCGCUUCGCUCAUGGCAUGAUACACUUCCCUGGCACCUGCGUCUUUUCGACUCGAAUGGACAGCGACUGGCCUACGAUCGCAUUGUGUCGGAAAUGUUCAUCUUUUACUUGGUCACAAUCAUCCUGUCGCAAAUGCUCAUGUGCAAAGAAACAAGUGCAUUCCAGCCAUCGGUAGUGUCUAUUGUCUCGUCGCAUUGCAUCGCUGCCCUCUAUGAUGAGAUACAUUGCAGAAGAGAUGCGCAGCAUCUGAUGCAGACACAUGGCUUUCUAUGUAUGGCAGCAGCUGUGCCUCUUCUAUUUUCAGUCCGUGCCUCCCAAGAGGAGGAAUCUUAUAAUCAAGAGUCGCUUGACAUUCUUUGCGCAGUCUUGGGGGAAUUGCGCCAGAAAUUUGGUGGGUCCGAUCUCGUUCUCAAGAAGAUUAAUCGACUGCAACUUGAACGAGCGAAUACAAGGACCAACACAUCGUCGCGCGCGCAAGACGAAGAGCAAACAGAUGCGUGGCACAAGGACAUCUUGGAGCAAGCAUCUGGGCUCUUGCUUCCGUUCCCCGCGGAAUUUUGCAAGGCCAUCAAAUUCUUGCACACAAGAAAUGACGAUUCCCGGCAGCACGACGCAUACGAAAGCAUGCCUGGUGGCUCCGGCCUGGCGGAGUAUAUUGACCCAGCUUGCACCAUCAUGGAUAUCUUGGGUCUGGAAUCUACCACGGAUAAUUUCUGGCUCGGAUAA